AUGUUUUCGUACGACGUUAUAACUCCUUCCCCAUCGCCGGCGAUGGACGGCGAGAGCCCCGCCGGAGAACAAGGCCCGCCCAAUGCCGCUGGCGGGCUCGCCGUUUUUCUUACCUGGGAGGAUCUGUGUGUUCGGCCUUUAGACGGAAAGGGAAGUGAGAGCGUUCCCAUACUUUCGAAGGUCACUGGAAUGGCCCGCCCCGGCGAAGUUCUGGCCAUAAUGGGCCCGUCGGGCUGCGGCAAAUCAACCCUGCUGGACGCCCUCGCAGGAAGGUUGGCUUCGAACCUUAGAUGCAGUGGAGAACUUUUGGUUAAUGGCCGCACGCAGAUUUUGGCAUUUGGUGUUGCAUCCUAUGUAAUGCAAGAAGAUAUAUUAAUGGCAACAUUAACAGUGAGAGAGGCGGUACACUAUGCCGCGGAGCUACAACUCAGCGAAACAAUGGGGAGAGAGGACAGAAUUAAGAGGGCGGAGGAAACGCUACAGGAAAUGGGGCUUAGCCGAAUCGCCGGUAGGAGGAUUGGUGGCCGUUCAUCGAAGGGGAUAAGCGGCGGGCAAAGGAGAAGGCUGAGUAUUUGCCUUGAGAUUUUAGCUAGGCCGAAGGUUCUGUUUCUGGAUGAGCCGAGUAGCGGGCUAGAUAGCGCGGCUGCUUUCCACGUGAUGGAUCGAAUCGGACGGAUGGCAGCGAGGGAACAGAUAACAGUUUUGGCCGCGGUGCACCAGCCAAGCGCGGAGGUUUUCGGUCUUUUUCGUUCGGUUUGCCUCUUGGCGUAUGGGAGAACCGUUUUCUUUGGUUCGCCUGGCUUAGCCAAGCAGUUCUUUGCUACCAAUGGAUUCCCUUGUCCAUCACUGCAAAAUCCUUCUGAUCACUUCCUAAGAACCAUCAACAAAGACUUUGAAAAUGACAAUGAAGAAGACAUAGAAGGUGGGCAAAGCACCACAUCCAAAGCCAUUGAGAUCCUUGUGGAUUCUUAUUCUUCAUCAAUUUGCAUGCUACAAUUGCUUUCAAACAUUGCUAUCAUACAUAAAAUGGCAAAGAGUUCAAUGCUUGGCUUCAUUACUUCGUUUCUCACGUUUAUGGCGAUUGGCGGCUUCCCUUCCUUUGCAGAAGACAUGAAGAUCUUCAGAAGGGAGAGACUCAAUGGGCAUUAUGGUGUCACUACAUUUGUUAUUGCCAAUACGAUCUCCUCCAUACCAUACUUAGCCUUCAUCUCCAUAGUCCCAGGAGCCAUCGCCUAUUACUUAGCAGGACUUCGAGGCAACAUUAGUCAUUUUGCUUAUUUUUCACUUAUACUUUUAACAUGCAUGAUGCUUGUCGAGGGUCUUAUGAUGAUAGUUGCCGCCACAGUCCCUAAUUUUCUAAUGGGCAUUAUCAUAGGAGCUGGAAUCCAAGGCGUGAUGAUGCUCAAUGGAGGUUUUUUUCGGCUUCCCAGUGAACUCCCAAUGGUGUUAUGGAGAUACCCACUAUAUUACAUCUCUUUUCACAAGUAUGCAGUUCAAGGAUUUUAUAAGAAUGAAUUCAUGGGGCAAAGUUUUAUUGAGAGUCAAACAAUAGAAAAAUUGCCAACCCUUAUCAAUGGAAAUGACAUCUUAAAUAAAAUGUUUCAAGUGGAGAUGGGAUAUUCAAAGUGGGUCGAUUUAGUUAUACUGCUUGGGAUGCUCGUAUUAUAUAGGGUAUCACUCAUAGUGAUUUUGAAGGCUUCUGAGAAAGUUAGGGUGGUAACGUGUAGAGAAAUGAUGGCUGGUGAUUUCAAACAUGUCUGCUAA